AGCCAAAACUCCCAAAGCAAAAAAUCAAAAAAAUUUUGGUGGCUAAAACCACACGCGCUGCUCCUUCGCUCCUUCCUCUUCUUCUCUUUUUCUCCUGGUAAAGCACGCCUCUUUAUCCCGGCCCUUUCCUGUUCUUACCGCAUAUCCAAGUCUUCUCUUGUAUCUAAACACAAUGGUCUCCGCAACCUCCUCCCAGAAGUUCGAGGACGCUACCAAGGCCGUCGAGCUGCUCUCCCUUUACAAGGAGCGCGACGGUCUCGACGUCGACACCCUCAUGAACUCCAAGCUCAACGGCGGUCUCACAUACAAUGACUUCCUCCUCCUUCCCGGAAAGAUUGACUUCCCUGCCGCUGCUGUCACCCUCGACACCAAGAUCACAAAGAGAAUCUCGCUCAAGGUUCCUCUUGUUUCAUCUCCCAUGGACACCGUCACCGAGAGUGAUAUGGCUAUCUACAUGGCUCUUCUUGGCGGUGUCGGAAUCAUCCACCACAACUGCACUGCCGACGAGCAGGCCGCUAUGGUUCGCAAGGUCAAGAAGUACGAGAACGGUUUCAUCUCUGAUCCCGUCGUCCUUUCGCCCAAGACCACCAUUGUCGAGGUUCGCGAGCUUAAGGAGAAGCUCGGAUUCGCUGGUUUCCCCGUCACUGAGAACGGACAGGUUGGCGGAAAGCUCCUCGGAAUUGUCACUUCGCGUGACAUUCAGUUCCUUGAGCAAGAUGAUCUUCUCGUCUCCGAGGUCAUGACCACUGACCUCAUCACCGCCUCUGAGGGCAUCGACCUCGUCACUGCCAACGAAAUCCUCCGCAAGUCAAAGAAGGGCAAGCUCCCCAUUGUCGACAACGCCGGCAACCUUACUGCUCUUCUUUCGCGCACCGAUCUUAAGAAGAACCUUCACUACCCGCUCGCGAGCAAGCUUCCUGAUUCCAAGCAGCUCAUCUGCGGUGCCGCCGUCGGUACCCGCCCUGACGACAAGGAGCGUCUGAAGAAGCUUGCCGCUGCUGGUCUUGAUAUCGUCGUUCUUGACUCCUCCCAGGGUAACUCUCUUUUCCAGAUCGAGAUGAUCAAGUGGAUCAAGGAGGAGCUUCCCCAACUCGAGGUCAUCGCUGGUAACGUUGUUACCCGUGAGCAGGCUGCCAGCCUGAUCGCUGCCGGUGCUGAUGGUCUCCGCAUCGGUAUGGGCUCUGGCUCUAUCUGCAUCACCCAGGAGGUCAUGGCUGUCGGCCGUCCCCAGGGUACUGCCGUCCGCUCCGUUUCCGAGUUCGCUGCUCGUUUCGGUGUCCCUACCAUUGCCGAUGGUGGUAUCCAGAACGUCGGCCACAUCACCAAGGCUCUUGCCCUCGGUGCUUCUGCCGUCAUGAUGGGCGGUCUUCUUGCCGGAACCACUGAGUCUCCUGGCCAGUACUUCUACCGUGAUGGCCAGCGCCUGAAGGCUUACCGUGGAAUGGGUUCCCUCGACGCCAUGGAGAAGCAGUCGACCAACGACAACGCUGCCACUGCCCGCUACUUCUCCGAGGGCGACAAGGUUCUCGUUGCCCAGGGUGUCUCGGGAUCGGUCGUCGACCGCGGUUCCAUCACCAAGUUCGUGCCUUACCUCGUCACUGGUCUCCAGCACGGUCUCCAGGACAUCGGUGUCAAGAGCUUGGCCGAGUUCCAGGACAAGGUCAACGCGCACGAGGUCAGAUUCGAGCUCAGAACUGCCUCUGCCCAGCUUGAGGGUGGCGUCCACGGCUUGUAUUCUUAUGAGAAGCGUCUUUACAACUAAAAGACUUGAAAAAAAAAUUAUAAGAGCAGUUUAAGAGCUGCCUAGUCCAAAAUUGGGAUUUUGAUUUGUACUUUUGUUUAUAUUUUAUAUUCGUUCUUUUUUACUUAUGCAUGGAAAAUCAGUGUCUGCGUUUCGAGAGUUUAUGUUGAGGCGAAAUGGGUUAUGUUUAAUAUUUAAUCAAACAAUGUUUUAAGCAUUUAAGAAUUCACGUAUGUUUACUCAAAGAC